UUUUAUAUUUUACCGCCAAUGGGAUCAUAUGCGUACACAUCGUACAUGCUAUUCGCACCGGAGUGUCGGAGAUAUUCGCAUUUUUCUCAAGUUUUUCGCAACUUUCUCGAGUAGUUUUCGUCAUAAGAGUAUGCUUGUCGAGCUUUGAUUCACGUGUGCACGUGUGAUGUGAUCUGCGAAAAAAGGAAAAGGAUAUGGAGUGUAUGUGAUUUCUGGCAGAAGACUCCGCUGUCAAGAUGACUACUCAGGAGAGUCAGACCACGUUCGACGUAAAAGUAUACUUCACAGUGCCGGAUCAUCUUGAAUCCGAGAAUGAUUGCAGCGAGAAAAUGUGGCAGGCAUUCAACAAAUGUGAUGGGCUUGGUUUACGACCAAAAUGGAUUAGUGAAGAGUUCUGUGAUAAAAUGAAACCAACUAAAAAUGAUGUAUUUAUCUUGGACGAGUUCAAGGGAAAUCUGUUUGAGAAGCUAAGAAACUUCAAAUGCUCCAGGAUAGUGUCACCAAAUUGCUUGCUCAUUUGUUUUGAUAACGAUGAACCUAUCCCAGAGGGAAAUAGUCCAAUCUAUACAACAGCUAUGAGAGGAAUGUGCAUUUGCGCAUCAGGUUUAAGUCCAGAGAAUAAGGAUCAAAUACAACAAUGGGUCCAAUAUAUGGGAGGCUUUUUUACAAAACAGUUGAGAAACUCCGUCACACAUUUAGUAACAGACUCAGUAAUGUCUGCAAAGUAUGAGAGUGCUAUAGAGAUGAAGAUACCAAUCAUGACCAAGGAUUGGAUAAAAGCUGUUUGGGAAGCAAAUUUAAACGAAGUGGUUAAAGCAAAUAAUGAAAUUUUCGAUAAAUACAAAUGUCCGGUUUUUAUGAAUUUAGUAGUCACCUCGACAAAUCUCUCCAAGCGACAGAAAGAAGAGGUCAAAUGUUUGAUACACGAUCAUGGCGGAACUUUCAUGGGUCCUCUUGAUGGGGCAAAGGUUCGAAUAGUCAUAGCUUCCGAGAAUGGGCCGUUGAGCGACAAGUUGAAGUAUGCCAUGGAUAACGGUAUCGCGUGUUUGAAAAUCAACUGGGUAUAUGAGAGCAUUAAAGUAGGAUAUGCUUUACCUUUUCGCCAUUUUCUCAUAAAAUCUUCGAAAGCAUCUUCGACGCCGGAAAAACGAUAUAGUCGUAUUACGCUCAACUGUUCCGAAAUCAGCUCUAUACCGCACGAUAAACAUUACAACAAUUAUGUGAAUGAAACCUUAAGUUCGACAGUAUCGAACUUUUCUACCAUGGAGGUAGUAUCUAAUAAUUUACCUGGCACUUCUGUGUCGAACGUUUUGGAUAGGCUUACGUUCGGCAAGGCGAAACUGGCUGGACCAUUUCUGGACGGUUGCAAUAUUUAUCUCGCUGGAUUUGCAACGAGCGUCAGAGAUAAAUUGAACAGAAUAUUAAAUGUCGGCAGCGCGACACGUCUCGACGACAUAUCGGACGCUGUGACACACGUGAUUGUCGGCGAUGAGGAUAAAGCAUCUACGGAAUUGAAAAUGAUGAAAUUAAGAGGUUUAUGUCCUUAUGUACUGAGCAUAGAAUGGUUAGAGGAAAGCAUGAAAUUGAAACGUCCUGCACAAGAAGAGCAUUUCUCACUUGAAACGAAAGGCGGCGUGCCGAAGAAGAACGUUGAGACUCCUGCCUCUCCACUCAGUAAGAAGAAUUUGCAAAUGUUGCAACAACCAAAGAGGCCUCCUGUGCCAUCUUUCAAUUUACAAAAAGAUAUUACACCUGACAAUGAAGAACGGCAACCUGAUCUUGUGCGGCAAUACUUGCAGGAAACUACUACACACAAUAAUACAUCGCAAGAAUUUGCGAGGCCUCGUACGCCUAUAUCAGAAAAUAAAGAUCCAGGAAAUGACGACAAUGUGACAAACAACUCACGGCCUAGUAUACUUUUCGAAACCAUGCAAGCUAAAGACCCGGAAAAAGGUACUACAUCGAUGGAUGAGACUUAUAUGGUGGACAGAAAGUUAUUCCAAGGCCUGACGUUUGUUGUAACUGGCUUCGAUAGCAACGAGGAUGGCAGUCCGGAGGACACGAUUGUAACUUUGGGCGGACGCGUGGUCUCGAAUUCGUACACCGGUAUCCCGGAUUACGGUGUCGUGCCUGUUGACGGCGCGCCACUGAAGCACACGGUCAAUGAGAUUGUCACUGACUUGUUUAUUGAAGAUUGCAUAAAUCAGAAGGAAAUCGUCGACAUUAGUUAUUAUCACAAACCGUUAUCGAUUAGAAAACCUUGCAGCCCGCUAUCGAGAUGCGUCAUAACGAUGAGCAUGUAUACCGGAAUGGAACGGAAGUACCUCUCGGCAUUGGGCACACAGCUUGGAGCUAUAUGCCAAGAUAUAUUUUCGCGGAAAGCGAAUGCGGAGAAGAAAGUGCAUGGCAGCACGCAUCUGGUUUGUCCGACUCCGGAGGGAAAUAAGUACAACGCGGCUGUGAGAUGGAAACUGCCGGCCGUCACUGCCGACUGGCUGAAAACUUGCGCGGAUCAAUUGACAUUAGUAGACGAAACGUCGUUCCUCGUCGGAGAAACAAUAGCACCAGACAGAUCGACCUUGAAUUCUAUCAAUGGAGAAGUAAAUCCUUCGAAUGCCAGCGAAAGCGAAAUGAAUAUGGUAGAAAAGACUACGACGAGAAACAUUCUCACACCGAAACGUCAUUUAUCUCAAAUCAAGAACGAGGAUAUGUCUGGCGACACUCCGCUGAUAAACAAAAGACUCAGUAUUGUGAUGAACAAGACGCCGCAGUCACCGUUUCAUGUUUCCACUCCAGAAACUCCAUACGGACAAGUUUUCAAACCCGAUCCAUCGCCCGACACGAGAAAGGGAUGGGUCAAGUGGGUUAAUAAUUUCCCGGACUUACAGGUGACGGAACCGCCAUUGAAACGACGAGCACCUAGUACUCCGCUCUCAGAACUGAAGAGACAAUUGUGGGAGAAAUUGAAGAACCCAGGUCAAUCUGAGAAGGAAAAUGCAUUAAGUGAAACACCAACGACAUUGAACAGUGAUACUCUCGUAGAAAUAGCCACAGAGAAACAAGAUGACAAUCGAUCUGAUAAGGAUAGUCUAUUGACUCCUAUACAAAUUAACAGGAAACUCGACUUCAGUCAGGAGGAUACUCCUGUGUCGAAUAAACCGAAUAACGAGAUAAAUAUGCAAAUAGCGCAAUUGGAUCAAGUGCUUCAACGAACAUCAAGCACUCCUGAGAAAAGGUACUCUCUGUCCGGUGAAAACGCGAAGAAGUAUGACGCCGAAGCUCCCGACCAUAUACAAAAGUUUAUGGUAAAGGACUCACAACCUGCUGACACUAUCGUGUGGGAAGACCCGAGUCAUUCGAAGCGAUCAAGGUUGGACAAAGAAACGAUCGAAGACAAUAUAAGUGAAAAAGACAAUGACAAUAUAAGUGAAAAAGUCGAAGAACCUCUUCGACAAGAUAUAACGGCAGAGUACGAGUGCGAACCGUCACCGAUACGAAAAUUCAUGCUGUCAGGUGUAAAGGAUCGAAAUGCGUACGAGCGAGUAAUACGGGAACUCGGUGGAGACGUGUCGAUGGACGCAAGCUUCGACAACAGUGCGACGCAUCUUCUCUGUAUUAGGCCAUCACGAAAUGAGAAGAUGCUUGGCAGCAUCGCGUCCGGGAAGUGGGUCCUACAUUGCUCGUAUUUACGCGACUCUGAACGAGAGGGGAGAUUUCUUGACGAGGAGGAAUACGAAUGGGGUAACCCGAAGAGCAAGGACACAAUACCAGAACUGAACGGUGAGAUCGAGCGGGCGAUCGCAGCCGCGGCUUAUAGGUGGAGGUUGAAGUUGCUCAAGAAGCCGAAUGGUCCUUUCUCCGAUAUGGUGGCUUUACUGCUGGUCGCCGAGGAGAAGUAUGAUCAGUUCAAAAGGCUGAUCGUAGCCGGUGGUGGUUCGGUCAUGCAAGCGCGGCCACCAUACGAUACGAGUCCAUCCGGGCGCAAGAUCACUCACUGUUUCGUUAACGUCAGACAAGUGAAUCAGCCGAUAGAUUGGGCCAUGUUGGCCAGCAAAGGCAUUCUUUGCUUUCUGCCGCAGUACCUGAGCGACUACUUGACAGCGACGAUACCGCUCAGUCCGCGGGACUGCGUACUGCCGGAAUUCAAGAAAUACCUCACGCUAUUGCCGAAGUAGAAUUGUAUCUACAGGAGUACCGCUUUUUUUGCUCUAAUGAAUAUUUAUCCCUGGGGACACAACAUCACAUUUUAAGUUGAAAUUAUUAUAACGAUGUAAAAAGAAACAAUAUAUAACGAGCAUCUCGUGGACAUUUAGUAACGGCGCGUUUUUCGACAAAUCAAUGAUCACUCUGACGUUGAAAAACGAUAUAUACAGCCGAAAAUAUCGAUACCGGUGUUACAAAAUAGAUUUUUUAGAAGUUUUUAUUAACAAUUUCAUGGUCAUUAUUGCGUAGAAAUAUUGGCUCAUUAAUUUAUACAUUCUUCUUUCCUUUCUUCAGGUUUCUUUUCACUUGCGUUAUCAUUAUGCAUAUGCAUUUGAUGACAAUUCUUGACGGGUCAUUUCGUGUAAGAUAUCGCUGUUAUGCUGCGAUACUGCACUUUGUAUUCUUACAUUAUCAAGGAAGUAAAUCGAAAUUAUAAUUAUAUUCUUGUAAAUGUGAACGCAUACGAGAUGUGUGUAUUACUCCCUCUACGGUGUAGAUUAUGAACUACAUUGUAGACAGCGAGUUACAAUAAUGUAUAUAGUAAAUUUGGAAACACGACGAUAAAAUAUCGAAAUAAAGAUCUUUUUACAGAUAGCAAAAAGAUAUCUCUUAGAAA